CCGGCCCGGCCAAGCAGUCUGGUCGCUCUGCCGGAGAGGAGAGAGAGAGCGGAGGGGGGAGGGAGAGUUCCUUCCAGCGAUGGAAGAAGCGGCGGAGGAGCGAGCGGCCGCGCCGGUCGCCGCCGAGUUCGAGGAUGCGGCGGAGAACGGGACGGAGGGGGAGGAGGGAGGCUCUGCUCCCGCGGCAGAGGAGGACGCUGCUGCUGCGGCGGCAGCGUACUCGUGGCCUGAGCUCCGCUUCGAUCUCCCGCCGCGCCGCCGGUACCACUUCGCCGACCAGUUCCGCUCCCCUUGCUCCUCCUCCUCCGCCGGUAACUUCCUGAAGGGCGUCAAGUGGUCGCCCGACGGCUCCUCCUUCCUCACCAGCUCCGACGACAACUCCCUCCGCAUGUUCUACCUGCCGGAGGACGCGUACAGUGCUGCGGCGGAGCACACCGCAGAGGCCGCCGUCGGAGGCCAAGACUCCUAUGGCGCAAGCCUCCAGGUGAACGAGGGCGAGCCCGUGUACGACUUCUGCUGGUACCCCUACAUGUCCGUGUCUGAUCCAGCCACCUGUGUGUUUGCUAGCACCAGUCGCGAUCAUCCGAUACACCUCUGGGACGCCACCACCGGCGAGCUUCGAUGCACUUACAGAGCAUACGACGCCAUGGAUGAGAUAACGGCUGCACUUUCGAUAUCGUUUAAUUCUACAGGAUCCAAGCUUUUUGCUGGAUACAACAAAGCAAUCAGAGUGUUUGAUGUUCAUCGGCCUGGUAGAGAUUUUGAGCAAUACUCUUUGCUUAAAGGGGGUGAAGGGCCAACUGGUAUAAUAUCUUCAAUCUCGUUCUCUCCUCAAAAUGGGAUGCUCGCAGUUGGCUCGUAUAGCCAGACAACAGCUGUUUAUGCGGAGGGUAACAUGGAGCCAUUAUAUGUUCUACAUGGCCAGCUUGGGGGUGUUACACAGGUGCUUUUUUCGAAAGAUGGAAAUUAUUUAUAUACUGGAGGGCGGAAGGAUCCAUACAUAUUAUGUUGGGAUAUUCGGAACACCGUGGACAUUGUUUACAAGUUGUACAGAUCGUGUGAUACUACCAAUCAAAGAGUACAAUUUGAUAUUGAGCCCUGUGGCAAGCAUCUUGCCACUGGUGGGCAGGACGGCAUGGUCCAUAUUUACGACCUUCAAGGUGGCCAAUGGGUGACAGGCUUCCAAGCAGCUGCUGAUACUGUCAACGGUUUCUCCUUCCAUCCAUACCUUCCUCUUGCUACAACAUCGUCUGGGCACAGAAGAUUUGGUAUGGAAGAUGAAUUUGAAGAGGAAUCGAGUUUGGCAGGUGAUGAGAACUGCUGCUCUGUCUGGAAGUUUUCUUGCUCACAAGAAUCUUGAAACAUCAAACUCUGAGCUGUGGAGGGACAGUUGAACAUUUUGGACAGCAGAUGCUGGAAGUACAUGGUGUAAUGCGAUCAGGCUAUAGCUGUGGGUGGGCAAGAACUGGAUGCAGACCGCUAAAACGCACACUGUACCAAUGAGUUAUUAGAGAGUUCACCGGCUUAUCCUGUUCCAGGCAGACAACUUGCUGUGCUGGGUAACAAGCUGGUAAACCAUGAUAGUACGAUUGUUUUUUGGGGAAUAUGAGCUGAUUUUUUUUUAUCAUGGCAUGUAUCGAUGGGAUUUGCGUGUAUAAACACCUUGUAUGCUGGUCGAUUAGGCCCCCAUUCAAUUCAAAGUCUUAUUUACUGA